GGCGGCGGUGGCAGGGGGGAAGGGUCGGAUGCCGGUCGGGGGCACCACUGAGGCGGCGGGUCCCUGACCUCGGAGGCAGGUCCGGACGUCCCCGCCGCACCCAGUCCCAUCCGACCGUGACGCCGCGGGCCGGUGGAGGCGCGGCUCCAGCACGAUGAAGGAUUUGGGGGCAGAGUACUUGGCCGGUCGUGAAGGGGUCCAGCUCUUCGGAUUGUUGAACCUCUACCUAGAACAGGAACAGAGAUUCCAACCUCGAGAAAAAGGGCUGAGCUUGAUCGAGGCUACCCCGGAGAAUGAUAACACUUUGUGUCCAAGAUUGAGAAAUGCCAAAGUAGAAGAUUUAAGGAGUUUAACCAACUUUUUUGGAUCUUGCACUGAAACUUUUGUCCUGGCUGUCAAUAUUUUGGACAGAUUCUUGGCUCUUAUGAAGGUGAAACCUAAACAUUUGUCUUGCAUUGGAGUCUGUUGUUUUUUGCUGGCUGCUAGAAUAGUUGAAGAAGAAUGCAAUAUUCCGUCUACUCUUGAUGUAAUCCGGAUUAGCCAAUGUAAAUGUACUGCUUCUGACAUAAAACGGAUGGAAAAAAUCAUUUCAGAAAAAUUGCACUAUGAAUUGGAAGCUACUACUGCCUUAAACUUUUUGCACUUAUACCAUACUAUAGUACUUUGUCAUACUUCAGAAAGGAAAGAAAUACUGAGCCUUGAUAAACUGGAAGCUCAGCUGAAAGCUUGCUGCUGCCGACUUAUCUUUUCAAAAGCAAAACCAUCUGUAUUAGCUUUGUGCCUUCUCAAUUUGGAAGUAGAAACUUUGAAAUCCAUUGAAUUAUUGGAAAUUCUCCUGCUUGUUAAAAAACAUUCCAAGGUUAAUGACUCCGAGUUUGUUUACUGGAGGGAGUUAGUUUCUAAAUGCCUGGCUGAAUAUUCUUCUCCUGAAUGUUGCAAACCAGACCUUAAGAAGUUGGUUUGGAUUGUUUCAAGGCGCACAGCCCAGAACCUCCACAAUAGCUACUAUAGUGUUCCUGAGUUGCCCACAAUACCGGAGGUGGGGUGUUUUGAUGAAAGUGAAAGCGAGGACUCUUGUGAAGAUAUGAGUUGUGGAGAAGAGAGCCUCAGCAGCUCCCCUCACAGUGGUCAGGAGUGCACUUUCUUCUUCAGCUUCAAAGUGGCACAGACACUGUGCUUUCCGUCUUAGAAAUCUCAUUGUUCUGGGUCCAAAAUGAAAGUGUGUGUACAGGUUUCAAAGCAAUAAAUGGGGGAGUAGGUAGUUUCCUGGUGCAGCCCCCAUCUAGGCAGGAAUUGCAUAGACUCUGGAAUACCUACCUUCUAUUUAUUAUUCAGAUCAGAUCUGGCCUAUUUUCAUAUUUAAUCCUAAGCCAUCCAAUGGGUUAGUGCCUCUUAAACAAUUAACAAUACUUCAGACAUUGGCACUUUAUUUUUCUCCUUGAUCUUUAGCUACGUGGGGGAGGAGGGAAGGUGCUGAUACCUUCAACUUAUUACUUUUCAAGAAGAUUUUUAAAGUUGAAUAGUGUAGCGUCAACUUUUUUAUAAAGCCUUCAGGUGUCUUUACUGAAACAGAUUGGGAGUGUGCAAGUGCUUCCUUAGCAGGGACAGUGGAUAGUCCUGUAAUGGUUUAUCUUAGAUCUCUCUCUCUCCCCCCCAUUCUCAGAGCAGAGAAUAUACUCUUAAAUGUCAAAAACCUUUUUUUUUUGUUUUUUUUAAAUGAUCAGUGUUCUAUCUGAUGCAGACUCUAGAAACUUAGGAAUUAUAAUGUUGACAUUUCUGUGAAUUUUGGUAUGUAAUAUCUUCAUUUCUUUGAGGUUUCUGCCAAAACAGAAAUAAGCAACAGACUAGGGUGGUUGGAUAUUUGCAUUCCUAAUGAUUAAGUGUUGUCAGACUAUAGUAUUAUUUUAAUGUUUUUAAAACAAUCCAUAAUCUAGGUGUGCAUGUACCUGUAUGAGAGCAGUGCAGCAAGUUGAACAGAACUAGGUAACUAUGGAAUUGAUAAAUGUUGACCUAAUAGCACAUUUUGUCUCAUUUUCUUCUAUUAAAAAAGUCUGCAUGAUUACAUUGUAUUUCCUUUGUAAUUCACGUUUCAAAAAUAAUGGUAUUGUACAUGGGUGCCAAGACUGAAUAUGAAGUGUAAAAAAAAAAAAAACCUGAGUGUUUGUAGUAUUAUAGUUUUAAGCGUAUCUGUGUGGUGGUACAGCCAUAAGAAUAGGGAUUUAUCAACUCUGUACACAUGAGAUUUUGUACAGAGAAUUUUUUUAAACUUUAUAAACUGUAUAUGAAAAUGUAAAUCUUUAAAAAUGUACAUAAAAAUCCUGUAUUUUUUUACCGUGUGUGUGAUAGUCUAGUCAUUGCAUGUAAAUAUAAUUUAUUGUGUAUUCUGUAUUAUAAAUCAUAUAACGAUGACUUACUUUUUUAUUGGUAAGUCAGCAUCCAUCGGAUGUUUUUUGAAGUGAAUCUUUUUGAAGUAAUAAUAGAUUACAACUCAAAAUAAAAAUAUUAAUGCAUUGUA